CAAGAAAAAAAAACCCACAGGGCAUUUCCUGUUUUUUUACAGUCUCCUCUCACGGACAAAGAAGUUUGGAUUAAGAAAGAAACUUACUUUUAAGAUGACUUUUCCUUCGAAGGCAACUGGAUUUGCUUGGCCAGUUUCUUAGGAUAGCCUUACCUUACAACAUUAUGAUCGUCUUUGGCCUUCCUGUUUGGAAAAGAAAUACCUUCUACUGAGAUCAAGAAAAGUGGGACGGUUUGACUCACCACAAUGAACUUUAUAAAGGAAAACAGCCAAGCCCUUAUUCAGAGGAUGGGCAUAGUGGUUAUAAAGCAAAUCUGUGAUGACCUAUUUGCAUUGAACGUUCUCAACGGGGAAGAAGUUGCCAUCAUUUGCAGUCAUCGGGUGGAGCAGGACGCUGCACGAGACAUCGUCCAUAUGAUUUUGAAGAAGGGCUCAGCGGCCUGCAACCUCUUUCUUAAGAGUCUUGAAAACUGGAACUAUCCUGUGUAUCAGGACUUAACUGGACACAGUCUUUUUCAUCAGAACUUGGAAGAAGACUUGGAUGUUCUGGCCCAGAGUCUAAAAGACUUAUACAACAGCCCUGUUUUUAAGAACUUCUUUCCUCUGGGUGAGGAUAUCGACAUCAUUUUCAAUCUGCAGAUCACCUUCACAGAACCUGUCUUGUGGAGGAAGGACCAUCGUCAUCACCGAGUAGAGCAGAUGACCCUGGGCAGCCUGCUGGAGGCUCUGAAGAGUCCCUGCCUCAUUGAAGGGGAGUCUGGCAAAGGGAAGUCCACCCUGCUGCAAAAAAUUGCCAUGCUCUGGGCCUCUGGGAUGUGCCCAGCUCUGAACCAGUUCAAAUUGGUCUUCUUCAUCCGCCUGAGCAGUGCUAGGGGUGGCCUGUUUGAAACAUUGUAUGAUCAGCUCGUGAACAUACCUGACUCCAUCAGCAAACCAACCUUCAGGGCUCUGCUGCUGAAGUUACACAAGAAAGUCCUCUUUCUCCUCGAUGCUUACAAUGAAUUCCAUCCCCAGAACUGCCCAGAAAUCGAGGCCCUGGUAAAGGAAAACCAUCGUUUCAAGAACAUGGUCAUUGUCACCACCACCACGGAGUGCCUGAGGCACAUCAGACACGUUGGCGCCCUGACUGUGGAGGUGGGAGAUAUGACCGAAGACAGCGCCCGAGUUCUCAUCCGGGAAGUGCUGAUAAAUGAACUGGCUGAAGGCUUGUUGUUCCAGAUGCAGGAGUCCAGGUGCUUGAGAAAUCUGAUGAGGACCCCUCUCUUCGUGGUGAUAACCUGUGCCAUCCAGAUGGGCAGUGAGGAAUUCCAAGCUCACACUCAAACCAUGCUCUUCCAAACCUUCUACGACCUCCUGAUACAGAAAAACAGGCGCAGACACAGUGGAGGAACUUCAGGUGAUUUUGUCAGGAGCCUAGACUACUGUGGAGACCUGGCCCUGGAAGGUGUGUUCUCCCACAAGUUUGAUUUCGAACUUGAGGAUGUGUGCAGCAUGAAUGAGGACGUCCUGGUGAGGACGGGGCUCCUCUGUAAGUACACGGCUCAGAGGCUGAGGCCCACGUAUAAAUUCUUUCAUAAAUCCUUUCAGGAGUACACAGCAGGUCGGAGACUCAGCAGUUUGUUGAAGUCCAGAGAGCCAGAGGAGGUGAGCAAGGGGAAUAGCUACUUGAAGAAAAUGGUUUCCAUCUCCGACAUCACAUCCCUGUAUGGUAAUCUGCUCCUGUACACUUGUGGGUCAUCCACAGAAGCAACCAGGGCCAUCAUGAGGCACCUUGCAAUGGUAUGUGAGCAUGGCAGCCUACAAGGACUUUCUGUCACCAAGCGGCCUCUUUGGAGACAGGAGUCAAUACAAAACCUGAGAAACACCACUGAGCAAGAUGUUCUGAAAGCCAUCAACGUAAAUUCCUUUGUAGAGUGUGGUAUCAAUUUAUUCUCGGAGAGUAUAUCUAAAUCAGAGCUGAGCCAAGAAUUUGAAGCUUUCUUCCAAGGGAAAAGUUUAUACAUCAACUCCGAGAACAUCCCUGAUUACUUAUUCGACUUCUUUAAAUACUUGCCUAAUUGUGUAAGCGCACUGGACUUCGUCAAGCUGGAUUUCUAUGGAAGAGCGACAGUGUCCCAGGACAAGACGGGAGAGAACAGCUCUGGAGUCCACACGGAAGGGCCCUCGACCUACAUUCCCAGUAGGGCUGUGUCUUUGUUCUUCAAUUGGAUGCAGAAAUUCAAGACUCUAGAGGUCACACUCCGAGAUAUUAGCAAGUUGAAUAAACAAGAUAUCAAAUACCUGGGGAAGAUAUUCAGCUCCGCCAGCAACCUCAAGUUGUACAUCAAGAGGUGCGCAGCCGUGGCCGGAAGGCUCAGCUCAGUCCUCAGAACCUGCAAGAACAUCCACUCCCUCAUGGUGGAAGCUAGUCCCCUCACCACGGAGGAUGAGCAGUACAUCACGUCUGUGACAGACCUCCAGAACUUAAGCAUUCACGACCUCCACACUCAACGGCUGCCAGGUGGUCUGGCUGACAGCUUGGGUAAUCUGAAGAACCUCCUGAAGCUCAUCCUGGAUGACAUUAGGCUGAACGAGGAAGAUGCUAAAAGCCUAGCGGAAGGCCUGCGAAACCUGAAGAAGAUGCGUUUACUUCAUUUGACUCGUUUGUCUGACAUGGGGGAGGGGAUGGACUACAUAGUCAAGUCUCUCUCGGAAGAACCCUGUGAUCUACAAGAGAUGAAGUUGGUGGACUGCUGUCUGACCGCAAAUUCUCUGAAAAUUCUAGCACAGAAUCUUCACAAUUUGGUCAAGCUGAGCGUUCUUGAUAUGUCAGAAAAUUAUCUGGAAAAGGCCGGAAGUGAAGCUCUACAGGGACUGAUCGGCAGGCUUGGCGUGCUAGAACAGCUAAGCGCGUUGAUGCUGCCUUGGUGCUGGGAUGCGUACAUCAGUCUGCCCAAUCUGCUGAAGCAACUGGAGGGGACCCCAGGGCUUGUCAAACUUGGAUUGAAAAACUGGAGGCUCAGAGACGAAGAGAUUAGAAGUUUCGGUGAAUUUUUGGAGAUGAAUCCUCUGAGAGACUUGCAGCAGUUGGAUUUAGCAGGACACGGUGUGAGCAGUGAUGGAUGGCUUUCUUUCAUGGAUGUGUUUGAGAAUCUUAAGCAGUUGGUAUUUUUUGACUUCGGCACUGAAGAGUUCUUACCAGACGCAGCGCUGGUGAGGAAACUCGGUCAAGUGUUAUCUAAGCUAACUCUGCUGCAAGAGGCAAGGCUCACAGGCUGGGAGCUUGAUGACUAUGACAUAAGUGUUAUUAAAGGAACCUUUAAACUAGUGACUGCUUGAUGUACCCCAAGCCACCAAAUACUCCGGGGACUCUGCCACUUUCAGCGGAUCAUUAGAAACCACGCAGAAGCUCGGCUGCAGAGCUGGCUUAGGGGUUAAGAGCAUUUGCUGCUCUUCCAGGGGACAUAGGUUUGAUUCGCAGCACCCACAAGGUGGCUCACAACCGUCUGUAACUCCAGUUCCAGGGGAUCUAAUGUCUUCUGAUCUCUAUGGGUACCCUGCAAGCAAAACACUCGUAUACAUUAAAUAAAAUGUUAAAAUACUUGAAAAAGAGUCUUGGCUCCAAUAUGACCAAAAAAAGGAGAAACAACGGUCGUGCCAAAAAGGGCCGCAGCCAUGUGCAGCCAAUUCGCUGCACAAACUGCGCCCAGUGCGUGCCCAAGGAUAAGGCCAUUAAGAAGUUUGUCACUCGGAACAUUGUAGAAGCUGCUGCAGUCAGGGACACAUCUGAAGCAAGCGUCUUCGAUGCUUAAGUGCUUCCCAAGCUCUAUGUCGAGCUGCACUACUGCCUGAGCUGUGCCGUUCAUAGCAAGGUCGUCAGGAAUCGAUCUCGUGAGGCCCGGAAGGACCGAACACCCCCACCACGAUUCAGACCUGCUGGCGUUGCACCGCGACCUCCACCAAAGCCCAUGUAAAGAGGUGAUUUCAUGAAGGCAGAAAGAAAAAUACCAUGGAAAUAUAAAACUGAAGUUAUACUUUAUGUGACCAAAAAAAAAAUACUUAAAAAAAACCUUGAAGGAAGUCAAAGGAGAGGAAGGGGAAGGGACUUGAGAAAUGAGUUUGGUUUCAUCUCUGCUCACAGGACAAUCUCCCUGCCCUUCUGCUGUGUGUUUGUGUUACCUGGCCCCAAGAAUACUGGGCUAUAAAACCUGUCCUUAGUAGAGGACCUGGCUUAUACAGGCUCAACAAGUACCUGAUAAAUAUGUGAUAACUAAGUUACCAUAUAUGCUAUUUAAUUCAGCUUGUUUAAUUAAGACACUUAGGCACGUAUAGAGUGCGUUCUCACAUGGAAAGUGUUCUCAGAUUUGAAAGAGGCGUUCUUAAAAAACCACACAAAACACUGAUUUGUGUGUAUGUGGUGUAUAUGCCAUGUGUACCUGCAGGGGUCAAAGGACAAUGUGUGGUAUUAAGUGUCCUUGUCUGCUGAGCUGUCGACCAGCACCGAAUGGGCAUCUGUAGUCAAGCAAAACUUGGCGGUUUAAAAGCUGCUUAGUCAGAGGCUCGAAGCUCAGGAUGUCUCUCCCAGGAGUUCAUGGGAUCACUGUGACUCCAGCUUUGACCUCAGAAACCAAGGACGAAAGGAAAGCUGUAUCUUAUUCUUUUGCACCCCACCGAGGUAUGAGGGAGAUCCUGCUCUAAUCUUUUUGUCUAUCACCCUCCAAAAUAACCACCCCUCACAUAAAGUCUAACGACAACAGAAAAACCUCUCUGGUCUAAAGAUAUAAAAAUCCAGAGUCUGGGAGAGCCAGGGACAAACACGGAAAAUGGAGUUAGCCUGCAGUUUGCCUUCUCCCUCCUCAAGGGUGCUGCUCUAGGUAGCACCUUGUCUCCAUGUUGUGCUCAUGUUAAAAAGAACUCUGGGUAUAGAAUCUACUUAGCAAUCGGACAUGAUGUUGACAGAUUUAAUUACAAAAUUUUAGAUAAUUUGCAAAUCAACUCAUUCCUUCUCCUCCCUAACUAUACAGAUGAGAGAGCUCAGAGAUUAAAUGACUUCCAUGCCCAUGAUUACCAAGCUAUUGAUACAGAAGUACACCAGGAUUGGAAUAAAAAGUCUUUUUGCCUAGCCCAGUCAUUAAGUCUGUUAAAAAUACCUUGAUUAAAAUUUCCAGCUCUUCAAUAAAAUAUAUAUUUGAUAUGUUUUGUUCAUAAAACAAAAAUUGAAAACUAGUCUACUAAAAUGAACCCCAAAUAAAAGAAUGUGACCGUC